AUGGCCGACCACUCGUCAUCUCGUCCACAGCAUCAGAGCCCAGCCCACCGUGAUAUGAUGUUCUGCCAUGAGUGUCAGGAUGAGUGGUAUCGGGAUCAACAUGGACUCACUUGCCCGGAGUGUGGUUCUGACUUCACCGAAAUAAUUGAGGACGACAACGAUCCUCGAGAUCAUCAUUUGCAAGACCACGGCGAAAGUGACGACGGCACGGAUUCUCUGCCAGGCCUCGAGGAAGUGCCUCCCUACCAAGACCUCGUACACACUCCCUGGCUUGACAGCGUUCAGAACGAAAACAGGGCUCAGAACAAUGACCCGGAGGAAGGAGACAUAAGCAAUCUACAAUGGCGGCAGGUGGGUCCCGGUCGAUUUGCUGUGACAGGCACAAUGUAUCGGACUGUCUCUCCUCAUGACCUGAGCGGAGGAGGGGGCGGAGGCCGAGGCGGAGGCCUGGAUACCGGUCCCAUAGGUGGCUUCGCGGCGAUGCUGAACUCAAUCAUUGGAGGGGCGCGCCUUCAUCAAGAUGUUGAAGGACAAGACCCAAACAGCCAACACCAACACACCCAUGCACCACAGAAUACUGGUUCAGGAACAACCGCCGAUGGCCAUAGAUUCACGUACACGGCUGGAGCACGCCUUUAUCCUCGAGAUGCCAACCAUCCUGGUCCUCAGAUCGAGCCCUUGGACGAACUCAACAACGUUCUGGUAGGUCUCAUGGCUGCAUUUGGCGAAGGCCCAGGCGGAAAUCAUCCUCAUGCUCAUCAUCACAAUGUGCACGCGCACAGUGGACCGGAUGAUGAUGGGAGUGCUCGAGGCACACCGUUGAGCCCACUGAUGGCACUUUUCUCUCAGGUAAUGGCCGGAAACGGCCAGAUUGGAGAUGCAGUUUAUUCGCAAGAAGCUCUCGACAGAAUUAUUUCGCAACUCAUGGAGCAGAAUUCAACAUCUAACGCCCCGGGCCCAGCCUCGCAAGCUGAUAUUGACUCACUACCCCGUAAAUUGGUCACCAAUGAGAUGCUAGGUUCGGAAGGCAAGGCAGAAUGCAGCAUUUGCAUGGAUGAAGUUCAAAUUGGGGAAGAAGUGACUGAGUUACCAUGUCACCAUUGGUUCCAUCAUACGUGCGUUUCAGCAUGGUUGGCCGAGCACGAUACCUGCCCACACUGUCGAAAAGGCAUCACUCAAAGGCCCGACGCUAGCAAUCAUGCGGGCUCAUCCAACGACCGCAGCACAGGUAACCCCAGUGCUGCCGCAGACUCUAUGCAGUCUCCGAAUCCUCCUAUGCCAGGCUCUUUCGAGGUCUCAGGAAGUGAGCCAUCAGGGAAUGCCAUGGAAGACAACGACCCUUCGGCGUAUCGUCUACAGAACACAGAUCAAACACGACCCCAGGAAUCACGACCUUCAGAUAGUAGCUCUGGUGGGAUCGGGGGUAUAUUGAGGAGGGGGCUUUUUGGCCCGCAAAAUUAG